AUGUCUCGUGUGACGCCAAAGAUGCCUUUCAAGGCGUCGCUGAAGCUGCACGCCAAGGCGAUUUGUCAAGCACUCCCGCUUUCUCUUCUUAUCGUUGUAGAGACACGUGAUCUCUACUAUCGUGCUACCUGGGAUGUCACCCCAGUCCCGCCGACCAAGUUCGAGAUCGGGGAUGUUGUUGCGGUGUGUAACCGGUGGUACACACUGCCUACCUGGAGCCACGUCGUGUACAGUUGGUUUUCUAAGGUGCUGCUCAAGUCGUGCUGGGACGACGUCGGCGUCAUUUCGUCAGUGAAAAACGGCAAACCCAAUAUCCUCUACGUGGACUUCCACGGUGUGCAGGAGCAACCAUUGGAUGCGUUUCUGGAAGCGCGCUGCCCUCGCGGAGCGGCGGUGCGGAAGCUGCACCGGGACGAAGGGGUACCAUCGCUCAGCCCUGACAUAGCCGAUCUCUUUCGCACAAUGGUGCAGAAGAUCUCUGUGGAGCCGUGGUUCCUUUUCUCCGCAAGCAUGCGUGUCGGCAACGAGCACAAGUACUACGAGUUCUGCGUCGGCAUGCACGAGCAGCGGUGUAAAAUACGGUCCAUGCUGCAACGGCGGCAGUCGCGGGCGGCGAUUGAGGCGCAGCAGGCUUCAUUGAAGGAGAUGGAGGUAAUGCGGCAGCAUCUCGCCAAGUUCGUGGAACCGGUGACACAUUUUCACCUCUACAACGGUUCUCUCGUGGCAUCUUUUUUCGCCACGUACGGGUUGGUUGACCGUGAGAUGCCUUCACCGUCGCGCUACGUGCCACAAGACUUUACCCAUACAAUUCCGUUCCUCGGUGCCACUACGCUCGAGGAGCCCAUUGUCUUCUUUAAAAACUGA